AUGUUUGCGGUCCCAGGCUGGAACCUUUCCGCGCCGCUCAAGGCUGAAGCGCCCACACCAAAAGCCGGUGGCGCCAACGGCUCCAAGAAGCGCAAGAGAAAGGAGGGCAAGCAGCAGGGUGCGCAAGUCAGCGGCGAGAAUGUAGGCGACAUGUGGGCCCAGGUAGUCGAGGGUGUGCCGGCUCCUGCUGCUGCUACUGCCAAGAGCGACAAUAAGAACAAAAAGCAGAGGCGGGAAUCUGAGGGCAAGCCUGAAAAUAAGAAGGCCGAGGAGGCGCACGGCUCCAAGAAGAGCGAGGGAAAGAAGAAGGGCAACAAGCAUGAGAAGAAGCAGAAGGACAAACAACACGACAAGAAGCAGCAGCAACGCGACGUCGAACAGCCCGCCGCUGAAACCAUCGUUCCCGCUAUCCCAGCCGUCCCGCCGCCGCUCCCGCCGGCAAACACGAAGCUCACCCCUCUCCAAGCCAAGAUGCGUGAGAAGUUAGUAGGCGCGCGCUUCCGGCACCUGAACCAGACGCUCUACACCACCCCAUCCCAGCACUCGCUCAAGCUCAUCGAGGAGGACCCGCAAAUCUUCAAUGAAUACCACGCUGGCUUCCGGCAGCAGGUCUCCGGCUGGCCUGAGAACCCGGUCGACACCUUCGUCUCGCUCGUUCAGACCCGCGGCGCCGUGCGUGAGAACUGGCGCGACAAGAUCCUCAAGCGCAAGGAAAAGGAGUACACGUCCGGCCGAUACCGCAAGCCGGGCGAAGCCCCGCCGGACGAGGCUGAGGACAGCGAAGAGGAGGAGCGGAAGCGCGCCGAGGCGGCGGCGGCCCACCAGCUCAAGCCGCUGCCGCGUACGCGCGGUACCAGCAUCAUCGCCGACCUGGGCUGCGGAGAUGCAGCGCUGGCCACGAAACUGCUGCCGCACCAGCAGUCGCUGAACCUGCGCGUCCACAGCUUCGACCUCGCCGCGCCCAGCCCGCUCAUCACCAAGGCCGACAUCGCCAACCUGCCGCUGGAAGACGGCAGCAUCGACGUCGCCGUCUUCUGCCUCGCCCUCAUGGGCACCAACUGGCUCGACUUCAUCGACGAGGCGUGGCGCGUGCUGCACUGGAAAGGCGAGCUCUGGAUCGCCGAGAUCAAGUCCCGCUUCGGCCGCGUCAGCAACCCUCGCGAGAAGAAGGUCGUCGACCACAGCGUCGGCAAGCGCCAGAAGAAGCUGAUCGAGGCCGCCCGCAAGAAGAGCGGCGCCGACAAGAAGGACAAGGAGGCCGCCGCCCAGGAAGAGGAAGAAGACCUCGCCGUCGAGGUCGACGGCGUCGCCAGCGGCAAGCAGGAGACGGACGUCUCGGCCUUCGUCGAGGUGCUGCGCAAGCGCGGCUUCGUGCUCGACGCCCCGGACCCGUCGCGCGAACGCGACGCCGUCGACCUGCGCAACAAGAUGUUUGUCCGCAUGAGCUUCGUCAAGGCCGCCGCCCCCGUCAAGGGCAAAAACGUCAAGGCGAACGAGAAGGUCUAUGCCGAGAACGCCGCCCGCCUGGCCGCCGAGUCGGGCAAGACGUACAGGAAGAAAGAGCCCAAGGCCAAGUUCAUCGAGGCCGAUGAGGAUGGCAUCGACGAGUCGGCAGUGCUGAAACCGUGCUUGUACAAGCAGCGGUAA